AUGAAAGGACCACUGGGAGGCAACUUGGUCUUGGCAUCAGUGCUUUCUUUGCUGUCUUAUGUGCCAUUUGAAAUCGUGGCCAAGGGAAGUUUAUUGGUCUGUGUCUUUCUCUUCAUUGCAGAUCCUUUUCCACCGCAUUCCCGGUUGGUCAGUUUGAUCUCCACGGUGGUGAUUGGCUUCUUGUCAAGGGCUCAUCGCAAUUGGCAAAUACAGCAGCUACUAGACGAAGACGCAGAAGAACAGGAAAUGGAACCGUCAUUGUCAAAUCAACAACAGCCAGCAGAUACACCCAGUCCCAGCACGGGAACCAACAACACUUCCAAGAAUGAACAAGAGGAAGAAGGAACUGAUGCGCCCGAGGUUUCCACAAGUAAUAAGAAAGAGAAUUAG